CACGCCGUUGGGUUCUUAUGGCGUGCGAUAUGUUGGUUUCAGUUGCAACCGCGCUCUUUCCCUGGACACGUCGUUACACUUCGCGAUCGAGAGUUGGCCUAAUUGUGAUUGUUAGUUUAUUAUUUUAUUAUAACUGUCAAGGCCAGUACAAUGGAAGCAGACUCGCGCAGUGUUUUGUUUAAACAGAAACGAAGAAACGGAGGGCCAUUGUAGGAAAAUGUUAAAAUGCAAUUACAAUUUGCAACGAUUUGAAAGUGCAUAAAUAGUUUAUGAUCAAGAAAAACCGUACCAGAAGAGCGUACAUUUGUAAGUGAAACCUAAUAUAUGAACUAGAUGAGAGCAAAAGUGAAACAUGCGCCAGUACCGGAUGAGCCGUUAAAUGCAGAUAAACAGCUGAUUGCGGAUAGCGGGCGCGUGAAUUAACAGACGACGUGUAGGCGGUAGACACAUCGCAAAACAUCGUUUGUGGUAAUAACGGAAGGGAAAGCUGCAUGCGGUGGCGGCGAAUGCAUCGGUGAUCAUGAGGCGCAAGCAGAGAUGGUGCGAACAACUUUGCCUUGCAGGCGGACUUUUGUUGCUUUACGGUGUUCUCUGCGGAAGAUGUGACGAAGCCAUACCGCUCCUCAGCACGACACAAAUCGCCGUAGAGGUUACAGCGGAGCUCACACCCAUCACAGAAAGUAUUGAUGCAACGAAGGUGAUAGAAGAAAUUACCGAUAAUAGUAUUACAACAAUUAGCCCUACAAGAGGUCAGCAUAGGAAGGACUUUGAUCCGCUAGAGACUGACUCUACUCUAACUACUGUUGAUGACAUUGUUAAGCUAUUGGAGUCUACAACGUCUUAUUCGAGCCUGGGAGAAAAUCCGAUUCAAUUGGCUACACUGGAUAGUGAAAACUACACUGACUCUGUCACAUAUGAAAAAGACACGCUUCAGAAACCACAGAAUUGUUCCAGUAAUUCUAAUAAUAGAAUCUUAAUUGAUUUAUCUGUUGGCGGAGAUUUUCGGCGCUCAAGUUCGCGAGCUCACACACAUCACGAAGCACCAAUUUCAUACGAUGAUCGGGUUGCGGAAGAAGCAGAACAUAUUAAUGACACCUUGCCGCCGACUGGCCUUGGCAAUUCAAUAUAUUUGCUUGACGGAGACUACACGAUUUCGUUGAUCACAGACCAAGCUGAUUUCGGCGCCAUUCUAUUCAUUGUAGACCGCAUCAACGAGCUUCAAUUGAUCAAUAACAAUGGCACUUUAGGUUUGCGAAUUAUGUUUGUACAGAACAGGUCCGCAGUUCAGCAAAUGCUGGAGGAAGAAUUUCAAUACUCACGGGAAUGUUCACCACAAAUCAUUGGAGUUUUCGUCUCUCGAUCUCUGUGGUCCGCCAUCCAGCCUGUGGUGAACAUUUCAAACAUGCCUUUUAAUAUCCACGCCUUCCCGUCGUCGAAUGAUCUUCUUUACGCAAUGGCGGCCCAUCUUCUCUACGAGCUACCAUGGACAAAUCCCAACUCUUCGCUAACGGUGCGAUCGGACUCGGUUGAACGUUCCGAAGAAUUUAUUGCGAUGUGCCGGCAUCAUCAGCUCUGUCUGGACAACUUGCCAGGCAACAACACAAUUUCCGUCAUCUUGGGCGCAGCGGAUACAAUAAACUUUUCCAUCAGUGAAACACUAAUCGUUAUUUUGUCUGGACAAGAUAAACUGUUUGUGUCAGAUCUUCCGGAUGGCUCCUACGUGAUUGCAGAAAAUGAAAUCAAUCUGUCUGCACUUGAAAACCAGUUGGAUAUCAUUACGAAUAAGCGUUAUGGCACAAAGUUGCUAUCGAGCGAUAUACUCACCUCAGCUUCCGUGUUCUUAGAGAUAGUUAAACUGCUGAACCUUCUAACUCAUCAGAACUGUCACACCAACGGUAGUGACCGUUGUGGAAGUUUCAACGAAACCUUUAGAAACUGGAAAUACUACGCCAAACUGUCAUCACAGAAAAUUGUAGCCGAAUUAGAGCUGGAAAACCUCACACAAUUGAUGACGUUCGAAAUGCGACAAAAGUUUAGUUCGCUACAGAACACUUCCGAUCUUGUGCUUGAAUUGAGACCCAUUGCUAGUUCCAACAUUGUGACCAAUGUGACAACCGUCUACCAACUGAAUGAGUUGAGCGAUCUGACAAACCAAAUACCAAUGAAACUGGGCAACAUUUUCUAUUGUACCAAAGAAUUUGAAAGUCGUCACCCGGACUUUGGGAAUCACCAUCGGCCUAUUUACUAUGGAAGCGAGUAUGUCGAGAUGUACUGGCAGAUCAGGCAGGAGCCUUGGGUAGCUGCGGGACUUACGAUUGCUUCGUUAGGGAUUUUAUUCUGCAUGGCAAUAUUGAUAUUUUUGGUUGUUCGUGUUUGCAUGGAGGAUGUGUUGGAAGGAAACCCGUUGAGCAGCAUUCUCCUAUUAGUUAGCUUGAUAUUUCAAUUCUCAGCUUUCCUUCCAUUCAGCAUGGAAUACACAGGAUAUUUACCGCAGUUUUUACACAAGGCAGAAACGAUACAUAAGUGGAAUACCUUGUGUACAGUUAAAAUAUUUGUCGUCUCUGUCUGCUAUUGUAUUACCUUUUCUUUGCUGCUAUGUCGAGCGAUUAUGCUGGCAUCCAUCGGUAGCGAGGGCGGAUUCCUUUCUCACGUCAAUGGAUACCUGCAGAGUGUGAUAUGUGUGUUCAGCACUUUGGUUCAACUUGGACUAUCAUCGCAACUAGUCAUUGUUUUGCAUGCUAAUGCUCGUAGCCUGACGUGCGACGAACUUUACUUUGGGAACUGGUUUUGGGCCAUCAUAGCGUACGAUGGUUUACUUUUGGUAGCUCUCGUUUCGCUCUCUCCGCUCGUCUUCAGAUCACAAAGAAAUUAUCGAGAAGGUAUACUGCUAGUAACUGGUUCUAUUUUAUGUCUGGUAAUAUGGAUAACGUGGAUCCCGCUCAGUAUGUUUGGCUAUGAAUGGCGAGAAGCUGCUGUUUCGUUGGGACUGGUUGCAACUGCAACUGCGAUUCUAGUUGGUGUCAUGGUUCCACGAUGCUUCCUCAUGGUUCGGAGUAUUGCUAGAUCCGACUUAGUACAAGCUCUUCCCUCGCUAACUUCGCUGGCCUUUGCUCAAUCCAACCAGUACAUGUCUGAACAGAGUGUGUACGAGUGUGUAAAUCCUGCUAUGCGACAACAACGCUCCACUACAGCGGACAGUUUUCUGGAGCAUGACGCGGAGGAUUCUUACAUGGCGACUAGUGAGAUUCCAACAUUACCUUUACGGGGUCGAAGUCAACAGCCAGAAAUUAAUGGAAAUGGUUUAAUGAAUUUCUACGGUGUUAACAAUGCGUACGGUUGUCCGGAAUCUCUUGCUUCUGAGCUGUCGCCGAACAAGAUAACACGGUUCUAGAAUCUCUUUCGGUUCAAUUCUCAACCCGGACGUUCACAUUCCAAAGAUAUUCGUAUUCUGUUUCAUGCGAUACAACCUACCAAUCUAGUCAGCAACAUUUUGUACAUUUCUUGUUCGUUUAAGUAUCAUCUUCUUAUUUUGUACUAUUUAUUUCAAUUUUUCACAUUAGAUCUAAGUGGUAAUAUAAACUAAGUGAGCUCGAUUUUAGAAUACUGAA